CGGCGACGCCAGGAGCGGUUUUGGCGGUGUUAGAUUUCGCGACGCUGUUGUGUUGUGAGCUGAGCGAGUCAGCCUGAGCAAGCAGCACGUUGAGGUUAAGACGUCCAGCAGGUCAGCCAUCGCCCUCGCCCGACAAACGAGAGCUUGUGUGAUUGUUGGUGAUAAAGCGAUAUCGGUAAAGGGUCAGCUCUGCAGUUACGGGCUCCCACCAGGCACCACUACUACAUCAGCGCUAGGCGCUAGGCUCAGCUCAUCAGCCUGGCCAUGGAGUGCAACCUUUGCGCCGAGCUCUUCGACGGCGCCGAGCGGCUGCCCAAGGUGCUGCCGUGCGGGCACACGGCCUGCUUGCAGUGCCUGCGGCGGCUGCCCGACAGGGGCUGCCCGACGUGCCGACGGGACUUCCACGGGCCCACGGAGGAACUCCCUUCAAACUUCUUCUUGCUGCAGUUGCUGCAGGGAGCCAGACUGCACAGUACUCCCCGCGCCUGGUGCUCGGACUGCCGCGCCGCCGCCACGCCCCGCUGCUGGGAGGAGCACGACGUCCUGCCCGUCAGGAGAGCCUUGAGGCGCCACCUGCAGGGCGCGAUGCCGCAGGCCGCCGAGCAGCUCCAGGGCCUUCAGGACCAGUUCCCGGACGAGGAGGCCCUGCCCGCCCUCACCCUGCUGACCGGUGGCCAGUCCUGGGACGUGACGCUGCGGGGCGGGGGCCGCCAGCUGACGGGCACCCUGCGCAACGCGGAGGAGCCCCUCACCAAGGCCCUGUGUCUCCUGCUGGCGUCGAGGGCAGCCCUCACUGAGGACCGAGCUGAGGACACUCCACUUGCAGCUGCGCCUCUAUCAUCUGCAGUCGCGCCCCUACCACCUGCAGCUGCGCCCGUACCACCUGCAGCCGCGCCUCUACCACUUGCAGCUGCGCCUCUACCACCUGCAGCCACGCCUCUACCACUUGCAGCCGGGCCUCUACCACCUGCAGCUGCGGGACGCGCCGCACCUACCGAGUCGCAGCCCCCGAGGCAACAGGAUGUGCCGCUUAUCAGCAGGAAAGGACCCGACGCCCUGCAACAGGAGGAGAGAGCCGCCGACGUGCCGGACGCGCGAGGGGCGCGGCUGGUCGCUGUGGCCUUCAACAUCGACCUCCAGCUGCUGCAGCUCGUCGCGCCCACUGUGGAGGUGCUGAGUCUGUACUCCCCCCGCGGGGCCCACCUGCGCGCCGCGCACUCCCUGCCGCGGCUGAGGAGGCUGUACGUGUGGUGUGGUGAUAGGGCCCUGGACGUGCAGCCCCCCGUGCUGCCCGCGCUCCCGCCGGGACACGCCGGCCUGCAGUGGCUUAGUGUCCGGGGCCUGCCCCGCGCCACGACCCAGUCCCUGCUGCGGGCCCACGCCCACUCGCUGGAGGAACUGACCCUGACGGUGGGCACGCCGGGGGACAAGGACUGGCCCUGGAGCUGCUGCGACCUGCACUCUCUGCUGAAGCAGUGCGGCCUGCGGGCGCUGUGGAGGAUCGUGCUGCGGCGCGGGAAGAAAACUCACCGCAAAACCCCAUGCAACGAGCAGCGCGACCGGCUGCGGCGGGUGCUGCCCAGGACCGAGGUGCUGUGCAGCUCGUGUGACGGAGUGGAAGAUGAAGACGCCUAGACGCGGCGAUCAGCAAGCGCAUCCCGCACCCCUGUGGCCGAGAGAACUUGAGCAGCAGGGUCAGCAGACCGCUGGUGCACGGGGCUUGUUCCACUGCCAGAGGGACAGCGGCAGAAAGGUCCAGGCGCGUCCCGGUGACUCUAAGUGGUGAGGUGAGUGUGGUUCAACGGGCGGUUGCCGGCAUUCGUAUCCCUCAUUCUCAUCUAAACUAGAUGAUGAAGUGAGAUGGAAAAUAAAAAUGUUGGAUUUCGUCGAACUCUGUUGAUCAGAAUUGUGUGCAUUGCUGCUCCUUGCCCUUUAUAAUUUAAUGUACAAUGAAGAGAAUAGUGAGAGGCUCGCAAGCUAUGUGAGAAGGGAGUUAAAAUUGUUUGAGUCACCACGUUAUAAAUUAAAACUAGGAUGUCACUAGUUGUUUGAAAAAAUCCAAUAAAUUACCUUAAUUGAAA